AUGUACACGUACAUCAGCUGGUCAGACUAUCAAACAUUGCUGUCAACUGCAGACCACUUUUCCAGUAUGUGCCUGUAUGUAUCAAUGUGCAUACAAUGUACUAGUAUGCAUAUACAUGUAAGACAAUACACGGAAGUUGGCUCCAUCUGAGUAACGUUCACGAGUGGACAGUUUGCAUUUCCACGUUGACCCUAGCACAGUACACUUUCUUAAUAUGGCCAUGUGACAUACGGCCUACGGGUACAUUAAUUCUCCCUUAAAUUCCAUUACUCAGAAUUGGGUGAUAUCUUAGUUGGCACCAUGCCCACUUAUUGAGAAGUAGAACCUGCUUCACAUGGCAUGAUGCUUGAGUCUGUUACCUAGGGUAUCCCAGCUCCUGUUCCACACCUUGAGAUCCUGUGCAGGCAAAUCCUGGGGGCUGUAUCGAUGUCUACUCAUGUUGGACUUGGAGAGACAGUGGUUUAAGUGUGUAUGGUGCCAGCCAGGCUGUUAGUGGAUGGCCGGCUCAUUUGCGAUCCUCCGGGUGAACCGUUCUGAUACAUGUACACGCCUCAUACCCGACCGUACCCGGUACGGUCAGGUGUUACAUUGUGCACAUACUGGUACAUGCAUUCAAUGAACUUGUCACUCUUUUUUUUUCUGUGGUUUUAUUUAGUAUUUUGCCCUGUGAAAUUCAGCUAUUCACCAUACUAACAUGUCUGCACACUGUGCAGAGGUAUAACUUUUUGCCAGAAAGAAAUUACCGCCAAAAUGGUGGAGUUCAACUUGAUGACUUUAAUGUGUAUAUUGUACAGUAGGAGGCUUGAUCACCCGCUGUAAGGAUUUAAUACAUGUAACUCACAUUUGAAAUGAAUUUAGAAAUGCCGAAGAUUUGUAUGUGACAUGUACCCUACAUGUACGUGUUCAGUGUAGUGCGCAGUGCUUACAUUGUACUUUUACAGUGGGAUCACGGAUCAUAGUUUCCUUGUCUGAUAAGUGUUCCCUUGGGUGUAUUAUUUGCCCGACAGGGCGUGGCUGUUGCUCAGUGGGCGUGUCUCUUUUCUAAAAACAGAAACCAGAUCAUUCAGUGUUGGUCCAAUGGCUAAUGUUCCUGUAUGACAAACUCUCAGAAUGAUCCCUGCAAGCUGUCAGCUGGAUUCUGAUCUAGAGAACUCUGCCUCACCAUUGCUCAUCUUCAGCUGUUGUCUACCGUCUUCAUCAAGAUAAUUGAUGUCUACAGGUGCUCUAUGUCUGCAUACACUUUGUCGGAGACAACCUGGAUGAUUGUGCAUCAGAGGAAGUCGACUCGGCCAUUGAGACUCAAAGGAAACCCUGCUUAAAGCCAGCAUUUAUUAUAAAUGGAUUACAUUACGUCCAGUCCAAAUGGGCCAUCCUGUCACUUCAUGGUGUUCUGCCCAUGAGUGUCAACUGCCCAGUCAGGUUCAUGGGCCUGUUGCACCGGUCACUCGUUGCUGACAACUCUGUGGAAUACAUGAAGUAAACCCACCUGUGCAACUCUGGGAUAAAUAUACACGGGAACGAUGGUGGAUGUUGCCGCAGUACUAGCAAGGCGUCGCUGGACAUGGUCCAGUAACCUAUACGAAGGAUAUCUGUACAGUGGGAACAACCAGUUUGGGGCAUGCAGAGGCAAGAAGAUUCGCAAGUUUUCCGAAAAUGAUGCGGAUAUCCGCGCAGGAAGAGUGCACUUGGUUGACGAGAGCAGCGGGCAGUUGAUAUCCAAGGUGCCUCUGACAACAAUAGACAGCAAUGGGGAGCCAAACCUGCGACGGAGAGCCAGUUUCCGCAUCAAAAAGAUGUCCUCUUCUUCGUUUCACGACGGCACUAGUCGCUUUCCCAAGCUCAACGACUGUGCUCACUUCCAUUAUGACAACGUGGAGCUGGGCCAAAUCUCGCUGUCUAUGCAUGAAGAUCCUGAUCUCGAAGAGCCCGGCCAGAACGGCAGCGGCGGGGGCGGGCACUGCGACCUGGCCGACAACCCCUUCACUAUCAAGGUCUGUAGCAACGGCAAGGUCUGGCUGGUCAAGCGCUGCUAUGAGGACUUCAGGGUGCUGGACAAGCAGCUGCACAGCUGCAUAUACGAUCGGCGCUUCAGCCAGCUGGUGGAGCUGCCCAAGGGAGAUGGCAUGGUGGGCAACCGAGAGGGUGUGCGGGGAAUCCUAAGUCGGUACCUGGGCAGGUUCUCACAGAUUGCUGGCGACAUGAUCAACUGUGGGCCAGUUCUCAACUGGAUGGAGAUUGAUAAUCACGGACAUGCUUUGAAGCUCGAUAACCAUGGCAACCACGUAGUAGCUAGCGAGGAGUCUGCCAUCAACAUACCCGCAGUAGCAGCUGCACAUGUGACCAAGCGAUACAUGGCACAGGCACCCGAUGAAAUCUCUCUUGAGGUAGGGGACAUGAUCUCAGUGAUUGACAUGCCUCCACCUGUCGACACCUCCUGGUGGAGGGGGAAAAAUGGCUUUGAAGUCGGAUUCUUCCCCCGGCAGUGCGUAGAGCUGAUCAGUGAUAAAAUACCGCCCUCGGUGGUCAACAUCAUGCCAAGGUCGCCCAAGCCAGGCUUCCGCAGUAGUCACCAUCAGAUCCCAGUCAAGGAGUAUGACAAGGUCUUGAACAAGCACGGCAAAUUGAUCACGUUUCUGCGGUCCUUCAUCCUGGCGAGGCCGACGCGCCGCGGCCUGAAGCAGCGUGGCAUCCUGCGGGAGAGAGUGUUUGGCUGCGACCUGGGCGAACACCUGCUGAACUGCGACACUGAUGUGCCCCAGAUCGUGCAGGCCUGUACCGAGUUCAUCGAGGACAAGGGCAUCUUGGACGGCAUCUACCGUCUGUCGGGGGUCUCCUCGACAGUCCAGUGGCUGCGGGAUGAGUUUGACAGCGAGAAGGUCCCCGACCUGAGCCAGUAUGAGAAGGACAUCCACUGCGUGUCGUCGGUCUGCAAGUUGUACUUCCGGGAGCUGCCCAACCCGCUGCUGACCUACCAGCUCUACAAGAAAUUUGAGGAAGCGGCAACAUCUCAGGAGGAGACGCGUCUCCUCAAGAUGCAUGACACCGUCCAGCAGCUGCCCCCGCCCCACUACCGCACCUUACACUUCCUGAUCAAGCAUCUGGCCAAGAUGGCUACCUAUGAGAACCAGACUGGGAUGACCACCAAGAACCUGGCCAUAGUCUGGGCACCCAACCUCCUCAGGUCUAAGGACUUAGCUUCUGCCACUGCAGCGGCUUUCAUGGAAAUCAAGAUCCAGGCCACUGUGGUGGAGUAUCUGAUCCGCAAAGCUGACGUCAUCUUCAAUGACAAGCUCUUCCCUGAUGUCCCAGGAAGAUUGAUGGGCCAGGAGAUGCAACGCCCCAAAUCCCUGGUCCUAUCCACCCCCACUAAGCUCCUCUCUCUGGAGGAGGCCCGGGCUCGCACCGCCUCCCAGGGGGCGGAGCUUGAGGACAAGCCAAGGUACAUCGAGGUGGGUGGAGGGCCGGCUGCUCUACCAAAGCAGUACCACACCAUCAUAGACUUACCCAUGGAAAGAAAGCGUGCUUCCUUCUCGGCCAAAUCCAAGAAGUCACCGGGCUGGAAAGCCUUCUUCUCCCGCUCAGGCUCCAAGGACGGCAAAAAGAAGGACGGCGAAGAGCUGCUAAAGGGAGGGGGGCGAAGCAGCUUGCGAUCGGUGCGCAGCGUUGAGUCGCUGGCCUCCAGCAAUUCCAGCUACGAAGGCCAACGCAGCGGCGAAAGUAAUGUUAUCAUGCGGAGGAACUCAGUGGCCUGUGUAGACAGCUCCAGCCUGAAACGUGCCUCAUCCCAUGACUCAUUCUUCGAGGUUGAUGCUGCCACCAUCGCCGCGGCAACAGAGGACUUCCUGGCAUCCACAACGCAGCUGCAGAACCAGGAUGACUCUGACGAUGACAUCUUCCUACCUGAGAAGAAAGUGGGGCUAGGGGAAGCCGGGCGAAGCAAGAAGGACCGGCGGAAGUCCAGCCCACUAUGGAUCGACCAGAGUAUCAGCAGCUCCGAUUCCAACGUCACCUCGCCCAAGACGCCACUGCUGACACCGAGAGACAUCUCCACCGAGACCAAGCCCAAGAUCGAGGGUGAGGAGAACCUGCUGGAGAUCAGUGCCCGUGCCUUGAUGACCAACUCUGUCAAACUCAUCCCCAUCGUCAACGGCGAGGACUUGGAGAGUGGGCCCAAAAGCAGUGGGGAGCAAAUGUCACCCCAGACGCCCGUCCGACGGCGGACUAAAGGGAGUGGGACACCCUCCCGGCGAAAGAUCAAGAGCUCCCCGCCAAUGGACAUGCAGCUGUCUGGGAUCGCCCCACCCCGGGAGGUUGAUAUCGCGGAGGAGGAGCCCAGCUCCAAGUUGUUUGGGCGGAAGGGAUCGGUGGAGAGUCCCGAAGGAUCAAAGGGGACCUCAGUGCUGGAGAAGAUCACCCGGGCCAUGAAGGCCAAGAACAAAGUCCGCAGGGAGCUGAGCCUGGGUAACGAGCCAGGGAAGCAGUCACGCGGCACCCAGAAUGCCCUUGGGGAGGAGGGACAGACAGAUGCUGCUGUAAAUGGCCAACUGGACGGGACACAGCAGACACAGGACGUGGACUCACAGACCUCCGAGGAGCUGGCAGAUGGUGACGCAGGCCAUGGGACACUGUCCCGGCCCAGGUCCCUGUCGGCCCGCGCCCAUUCCAACACAGACUCCGAUCUAUUCGAUGACCUCUUCCCACCCGAGACCAAGUUCAGUCUGGACACGGUGCUGUCAGAAUAUGACAACAUCAUGGAGAAGUACAGCAACCGAGCCCUCACGCCAGAAUUUGACACCAGUGCCGAGGAGGGGGUGUCUGGGAAACGGACGUCAUUCCCUCGCGCCCCUCUUGAGACGGAAGAAUACCAACCCAUUCCCAAGUUUUUGGACACUUUGGAUGCCAGCUAUAUCCAGUCUCUGUCGGACACUGAACAUGAGCAAGAUAGCAGUGCACACCGACUGCCUUGUAAACCAGAACCACUCCUCAUUGAGCAGAGCAAUGCACGGCCUGUAGAAUCACCCCCAGUUUCCCCAAUGGAAUCAUCUCGACACAGUGCGACCCUACCUCAAGGGGGCACACCAUCACUCUCCCCGGGGGGGAGUCAUUCUUCGGAAACACUCAUACGUUUGGACGGAAGCAUGGUGAUGGACCACGAACGGAGCGGUGGUAGUCCAGAGACAGAUCUCAAAUUGAACUUUGAUAUGCUUGACAGGGAAUCAGACAUCAUCGAUUUCAACAACGUGCAACCUGACCAAGGUGAGAGGCUGAACUCAAUCGAGGAUGUAUGGCACGACGCAUCAGACGACGUCCUUGUGGACCCAUCCACGGACCGGGUCGCGAAAUCCGACGUGGCAGUCUCCAGUGAAACAUCCGAGGAGGUUUACCACGAUGUGGAGCAGGAAGAGACCAGCCUGAGUCUGGACUUUGGCAACCCCUCCCUAGACGAGGACCCGCGACUGCACGAAAUGAAAUUCCCACCCGAGGACGAACUGGACUCCGCCAUCCUGGGACUCAAUCCAAACUUUGGGGGCGUGUCUCCGGAGAUCCGGGCCAGCCAAGCCACUCUUGCCUCGCAGUACGACAACCUGGACGACAGCUUCACGGACAAGGGCGUGGGUUCCAACGUCAGGACAGCCACCCCGCCACCAAGUGACAUGCUAGACUCCCCCUUUGAGGUGGUUGAAUCUCCAUUCUGCACCCCCUCUGAUGAGCUCGGGGAAAGUGGACAAGGCUCCUACAGUUUGGGUCUUGAUGAUGUCGUGGAACAUGUUAUAGAAUUGUAAUGUCUUACUCCAAAUAGUCUUUAUUGUCUACCAAAAGCUAGACCUGUUGUGUGUGGGAAAAAUGUAUAUGUUCAAGCUUACUCUGUGCCUCUCUGAACGGAAAACAAGUCAGCCUGAAAUUAAUUGCAAAACAAAUUAACGUCUGAUCCCUUUCAAAAAAUCAGAUGGAAUUCUGUGUACUGCGUAGAUUGCCAGAAAUGUUUUCCUUUUAAACUCCUUUUACCCAAAUGUAAUACAUAUUUAUACAUUUCAAUGCCUCCAGAGAAGGUUGCAGGCAGGAUUCGUGGAGUUUGCUAAGCAGAAAGUCGUGUAUGGCAAACUGGAAGGUUUUGCUAGGGGAAACACGGGGUACCAGCCACAGUAGCAUUCAGUUGGUGCUGCUGCUGGCCGGUUCCCUGCUAGUUUCUGCUUUACUUUAAUGCACACAGUAGCUCUAUCAAAUUUGGUCAAGUAGCGACCCGCUUGUCUGCUGUUAUGUGGAAUUUCGCUGAGCCUACGGAAAGUACAUGUCCAUGUACCCGGGCCUCCAGUAGAUAAAUCAUUGUAUUGGUAGAUUUACGCGAUGUGCAAGUGAAAUGGAACAAUGAGCAAUGUACCUCGAUGGACUCCAGAGAUUGAAAUCUUUUUGCAGAAUGUCACCAGGCCCCACUGGUCAGUGUACGCGUGCACAGGCUGCAUGAGUUCCGAAGGUUGGUCCUCGGAAUGAUCUCAGGUCAUGGUUUGUAAAAUGAUGAAAGUUGCAUUAGUCUGUCAGACUCUUCCAGGAAAAGGAAAUCUCAGGCAUUCGUUCUCCUCACUAAAUCAGGAUCUUGGCAGCAUGCAUUGUGCAAGGGGGUUUUAAGAAUCACAGACAUGAACAGAACGCUCUUCAUCGUGAAUUAGCUGCGUGUCUAAAACUGCUGCAUGUAGGUAGAAUUUUCGGCGUGUAGUUGACGAGAGGCAACAUUUGAUCAACAGGAGUAAGUUUGCGGCAGCGCUUUGUAGGAAUUCUCAUUUGUGAGUGUAUGAGGUUCUUACAAGAGCCGUGAUGGAACUCAACAUUUUGGUCAGAAUGCUCCGUCUGUCAUCCCUCGGGUUACUUUUGAGAACCUUAGAAACUCACAAAAGAGACUUCGUAUGUAGCCCUACCACAGACCUAGUCCUGUUGCUUAAUUACACCUAGUAAACGGAACGCCAAAUCUUAUCUGACUUUCAUCGAUAUAUCCUUGAAUGUACCAUCCCCGAGACCAGCCAGCCUGCCCAUCCCUCACAGUGCCAAAGGAAAACUGGAAAUUGGCAUUACAGCAGUUGGCUGGGAGCUUAGGGGCGUCUCAGUGACAUAGGUGUCAUAACACAGUGUGUUGCAAUACACGUGUGCCUUUUUAAAGAUUUCAGUGUCGUGAGAAACAGGUGACUAGCAAGGGUUGAAUUGUGUAGAAACACCCUUCCGUCCAACAUUUUGCUUGUAGUAUUUAUUUGUGUUGAAACAAGGCCUCUGAAACCAGACCCACCUGUUCUUACCAACACAGGUUGUAGUGGCUUUAUUUAAAUGGAUGGAUGGAUCCCUCCAAAGAAACUGCUGCUUCUAAUGAGCUAGUUUGAUAUUCCAACAGCUCAUGCUCAGUACGAGGCUAUUCGGGAACAGCCCCGCACACCUGUUCUAUCAGCUCAGCCAUAUGCCGAGUCCCAUGCUUACUUUGUUCCCGAAAGACCUUGGCUUUUUGCAAUACCAAACUGGAUCAUCUUACAAUGUACCAGUAACUUACAGGCAUAUGCUCAUGAGUACAUUUACUUGUACAUGAUAAUAUGUGUGUGCACACUUGGAGCUAACAUUUUCAACAGGUUGAAGAUGAAAACAUUGUCUGCCAGCCUGCCGAGCUUAGAACAAAACAAGCCCAGUCACAACCCAAAAUGAACACAGUGCCAAUGUCUGUACUGGUAUUUUGUUAUCCAGGGUGUUAUUUAUAGAAAGAUGUGAAUGUCAUACAGACUUUGUAUAUCUGGAAGUUUAAAACACUUUGUUAGGCAUUAAUGAAUGUGUGAUAUUUUGGAUAUUGGCUGUUUUUUUUUAUUUUAAGAUUUUGAAAUUGAAAAACGAAGGCAUUAGUUCUGGAAGGAUGAUGAUUUUGUACAUUGGCCCCACGUCUUGCCUCAUCAUGCAUGUACCUGUAAUACAUUUCUCAUGGCUGUUCCUUUUUUGGGGGGAGGCACUUUUGGGAAGUUAGUUUUUAGGCAAAUACAAAAAUCAGCAUUAUUUCUUUGAUCGGAAUUGUAGGAAAUUAUCUCUUCCUGUAUUCUUCCUGAACUCGUAGGUUUCCCUCAUUGGUCCAAAUAUUUUCUGGCAUCACCAGAUUCAGAAGUGUAACAUAUGUCUUAGUUUGGUCCCAGACAAAAAAGCAUUCAUGGCAUACAUGUAUGUGGCUAUAGAAAACUGUCUUAUCGUUUGUGAGAAGUGUUGAAGUGUAGCCAAAGUGUUAACCGUUGUCUCGUUGAAAGUGUCACGGUGUGAAUAAGAUACUGUAUGCUGCAGUGAAAAGCAUGCUGUUGCAGUGUUCCUGCACGUUGAAACACUGCUGUUGUACCUACGUGUAAUGAGCUUGUGUGUCGUGCAUGUUCCAGGCCAAUUAUAGCAUUUGGCUUCAGUAAAAACUGACUGAAUAGUAUGAUUAUCGGUAUGGUAUGAUGCCCCUGGGUUGCCAGGUACCCUGCAAGUUCAGCAGGGAUUUGUGCACAUUUAAAUGAAAGUUGGCUAUGCGUUUGCCGCUUGGCCAAAAGGCCACACAUCAUCUCAUUCUUAUGCAGGAGAGCCGUUAUCUGUAUAUGCAUUCUCUUUUUCAAAGUUGAAAUCGGUAGUGGCCCAGUUUUUGUACAGAGCUUCCUAAAAAGUCAGGGUUUAAUUCUUCGGACUUUUCCAUGUGCCAACUUGCCCAUCCCUGGUUGAGUAUUAGCUAUCACUGAUCCCCUCAGAAUGACAUCUGUUUGUGCACGUUUGUCCCACUGCCAUUUUGUGAAAGUUGAUGUUUUCUAUUUAGGGUUAAAGUCAUUGCUUACCACCCUUGAAUGAGCCUUUUGCGAAUUGCAUUUGAGUAAAAUCUGGUGCAAUAUCUGACUGCACUUAAAUAAAACAAUUUUAAUUGCCCGGACUAAAGGCACUGUU